AUGCCUCAAACUUCUCCUUACGAAGAGAGGAAAUGGCGAAACAGAUCAUCGCAACCGGGAUUACGUGAGAUCUCAUUAUGGGGUUUGAAGAGCACGCCGGACGAAUGUAUCAUAGCAACGCUUGAAAAUCAGCAAUUGACUUUGGAGAUCCUUGCAUUAGUAAAUUUGGGUGGCGCGAGUAGGGGUUCCCGACUGGGAUUACUCGAAGUAAAUCUGGACGCCUCUAUCGCAUUUGAAGAUAUCCAUCUCUGUGCCUUUGCCGAAAAAGCGCCCUCUAUAGAAGCUCUAUCACUCCUAGGUGUGCUCAAAACGAACGAUCGCGUAAUAGAAAAAGUGAUCAAGUUGGGAUGGUUGACGCAGUUGGAUAUUUCCAGAACCCAGGUUACAGAUAUUGGCGUACGUAUGCUGAUGGAUGAGUGCGAAUUGGUGGAAGUCCUUGCGGCAGAUUGUCGUCUUCUCAGUCCACAGGUCAUUCGAGAUGCUAGUGAUCAUUAUGGAGAACAUGCCUUCAAAACAAUAUGA